UACGCCAGGUAGUUCGCUGGGACAGCUAUCACUAUCCACUGCCCACCCUCUGCAACAGCAACAGAUGAAGGGUAAUGUGCCGUUAUUCAAAGGCAUGUCAUAAUCCCAACCGUAUAACUACCGCAGCAACUACUACUACUAUUACUACUUCUCUCGCCUUUUCACCCCUCCUCAUUUCUUCUUCCUACCAUCCUUUACUAUACUUUGAAGCAGCUUGAAUAUAAAAACCUCAUCAACCCCAUAUAUAUCUUUAUUUAAAAGCAAAAGACAUGACGAAGUCAAAUGGAGCAACGGGCAUUGUUUGUCUCCCAUAAUUUAUUUUGCCGUUUAUGAACAGUCACCGCUGUUUCUUCUUUAUUCUUUCAUAGAUUAUCACACAUCUACAACUAUAUUCCCCUCAUUGUACUGGGCUAGUAGAGCUAAUGUCGAUACAAGAACUGCCGCCUGAAAUUAUUCUUGCUAUUGCACAUCACUUACCGUCAUUGUCGCGUCUAACGUGCAUUCUGGUUUGCAGACAAUGGCAGACGUUGUUCCUGCCGACUCUCUACAGCUCCGUCCACAUUACCCGUCGGCAUGCUUUGCGCAGCUUUCUGGCCACAAUGGAGCGAUUGCCGUGGUUAGGUAAAGACGUCGUUCGCGAGCUCAUACUGAGACCACGCAAUAUACUUCUUAUACCCGACCAGCAGCUUGAUUAUACGGUCAGCAUGCGUUAUGGCCGAGGUGUCGGUAUUACUUCUGAGCAGCUCGCCAUAAUACAACAGCUCUGCCCACACUUGGAGGUGCUUGACUUUAAGCCAGAGCUAUGGACACAUUUGAAAGCGCGGAAAAGGUUCAGUAUACGUCAGGAAGAAGGUCAUCAUGAUGAUCACGCCAACGGCGACGGUGACGACCGUGAUCAAUGUUACAAAUAUCAUUGCUGUUGGCCACAACGAUUACGUUAUGCGCCACCAUUUGACCGCAAGAGCAUAUUUGAAUCGUUCGUUUUCCAUCAUCCACACCAACUCGCACGACUUGAACUGAUUGGAUCCUAUGUACAUACCAUUCGCAACUGGGAGCAGCUGUUGUCACGAGUACCUCUGUUACGCCACCUUAUAUUAAAUUGCCAAUGCAUUACAUUAUCGCUAUUGCCCCGGCGACCGGAUCCUCAUUAUAGCACCAACUCGCCGAUACCUUUAGACACGAUAAUCCAAUAUGCUCCUCACCUUGAAACACUCGACUUGUGUGGAGUUGACCUUGAUAUAGUCACAUCAACAGCAUCACUGGAACCGGCUAUCACUACAACUUCAACAACACCAUCAUCCAGCUCUAUUCCGACAGUUGCUCUAAGUACACUCAACAUGAAGACGGUGUUUUUCAAGUCGGAUAAUGUGAUUCAGUAUAUCGCACAAGCAUUGGCACAUCGACUCCACACUUUGACUAUGGUUGACAUGAUUCGCAUUGGCGGAAACAGCAUUGAACAAGAACACCAGCAGCAACAGCGACGACGACGAGAAAAGCAAGAUAUUUACAUCGAACUAGCACUGGCAUGUCAUCAACGACUUAAAUCAUUAUCAUUAAAUGACAUCAGCCAGGAUACUUGGAAACUGCAAUUUCUAUACCAUAUUCGACCGCGAUCACUUGAGACAUUAUGCUUACGCUGGUUACGUCGUAGAUUCACUGUGCCUGAAGUACCCUCAAGCAUGAGCCGAGAUGUAUUUGACCUUGCGAUAUCUUUAUUAUCCCCAUCCAAAGCUACUGGACUCGCCAUUCCAACUUGGCCCGCAAUCAAUCAUGUCCGCGACAUGAUUCAGCCACUGCUCCAGUUUAAGCAUUUGCAGACACUCGAAAUUAUAGGCAGUAAAGAUAACAGCCUGGCGCCUACAUUUCCAGCCAUGAUGGAUACGCUUGCGCUCGAUAUAGUUUUACAAUUACCGGCAUUAACUCAUCUGACACUUGCGUUUGUCAAUAUCAUUGUCGAAAAUGACGAUGAUCGGCAACAACAGGAUACAACUGUAAAAGGGCCAUCACCAUCAGUACUACGAAGAAACAAAAAGCUCAAAUCGCUUGAGCUCUAUCGCACCAUUAUUCAAUCUUCGUUGUUUGAUUAUCUUGGUGCUACAUGUCCUGACCUUGUUGACCUGAGUCUGUGUGCUCUGUGGUGCUGUAUUCAAUGGCCGGUCCGUAAGGGCUUCCUGAUACAAUUGCCUGAACAUCGUCUCAAGACAGUGAAAAUGACAGGACUUCGUCUUGUUUAUUAUCUCGAAAAAACAAAACAUGGGCAGCAACAGCAAGACGCAGCCAACAUCAUUGGAAAAGACAUGGGCGAUUGUUCCAUUUUGGGCGUCGAGCGAAUUGGAUAUAACAAGCAUACUUUGGCAAGAAAGCAGCGGCGGCAACAGCAAGAACAACUGCGGAGGGACACCGAAGUGAGCGAUAAGAAAAGCAGCAGUUACUACUGUCAGUGCGACGACAAUAAAAACAACAAGAGCAGCAACUAUUGUCAUGAUAGCGAGCAGCUACGACAAUACAUCCGCUACUAUUUUCGAGUGGAGAAUCUCAUCAGUACACAAUUACUACGACUAUCGCCACAAGAUAUCAGUUUAAUGGAAAGAUUUGAAGCGUAUGAUGGGGACGAUCUAGAAAACAACUUGUUUCACACAGAUUUGUUGGGAGCUUAUAUCCGACGUUCUUUUCAGCACACCGCUGGUACUGUACACCGUGAUAAAGAAUACGGUUAUAUACAUUUACGUUGUCACUCAAUCGAUGCCUGUUCUUUUGAACACAACGUUAUAAACUAUUGAGCUUUGAACAUAUAACUCAAUGUAAAGGAAGAACAACAUGUGUACGAAUAGUUAAUAGCGAUUAAACAAAGAGGCUCAAAUUAAAUCAUUAGAUUGCUACAUAUG